AUGUGGGAACUUGUGAAUUCCCAGGGAACUGCGACAGAAGAUUCCUCAACACAGGAUAAAAAUGGAAUGUCAAUUGGUGAACCAUCGACGAUUUUGCAAUUCGUCGCGGGCGCACACAUACCCAAAAGGAUGAUAACCAACAUGUGGGUGUAUAAACAGGAAUUAUUCGUGGGUUUCAACAAUGGUCAGAUUCAAUUCCGCGAUUGUAACACGCUGCAAGUACUCAAUCAAAAGGGACAAAAUGGAAUUAAAUUGUUUGUGGACAGCAGAUUUCCUACUUAUAAUACCUGGAUACCCUCAAGCUAUCAUGACCAAAAUGAUGGUGUUGUUGCAAAUGUGAAUGCCAUCACGGAGUUUGCCACGUCACCGAAUGGUACUCUAUUGUUAUUCAGAAGGUAUUCCGGUAAACUAGAAUGCCUUGAUAUGGCAGAUAUAAAUUUGGCCAAAGUUGAUCUGAUGGAUAGUAUGCAGGGGAGCCGAGCUUGUGCCAACAAAUUAACCUUGUGCAUACUCAACAAUGUGGAUCAUACCGACUUAGAAAAUAUUGUGAAAAAGCUUUCAAUACUUUCGGAAGAGAAAAAAGACAUCAUGGAAAUCACUCUUGAAGAGACAUUUGCCAAUAUUUCAAGUGUUUUUCCUAAUGGCUUUGAAACCUCUGCUUCAUCGGAUUUUUUGAUCAGACUGUUUGGAUUACAACUUUCUCUACUAAAGUCAUAUGGUUGCGACAAUGUCACGUAUCUAAACACAUUGUUUGUUUUACAUCUGCGUGCCUUGGAAAUCACUUUCAAAAAUAGUAGCAAUCCUGAUGGAACUUUUGUUGAAGGUGAGUACAGUUUCAUCGAGGUCGUCGCAAAGUCAUGGGCAAAUCGUUGA